AUAUUAAGAGUGUAGAGUCGCUGGAACAGGAGGAGGGAACACGAAACAGAACAGCUGAACAAUGAAGAAUAAACUGUGAGGUGCUGUUAAACGUUUUGACAAUGAUCCGGACACUGAGCGGUGCGACUUUUAAGGCUGUUUUAUCAACGCAGCCCAAACUGCUGAAGGACAUAACGUUAACGACCAGGCAGCUGCACAGCACAUAUGACGUGGCCGUGGUCGGAGGUGGUAUCGUGGGCCUUGCCACAGUCAGAGAGCUCAUUCUACGACACCCAUCGCUCAGCUUCAUCCUGCUGGAGAAAGAAAAAGAGCUCGCUUCACACCAGAGUGGCCACAACAGUGGAGUCAUUCACAGCGGGAUCUACUACACGCCGGGGUCGCUGAAGGCCCGUCUGUGUGUGCGAGGAGCCACUUUAGCCUAUGAGUACUGCGAGAAGAAAGGACUCCCUUACAAAAAAUGUGGAAAGCUCAUCGUGGCGGUGGAGCAGGAGGAGAUACCCAGACUGAAAGCUCUAUACGAACGCGGCAUGAAGAACAAUGUGCGUGACCUCAGUAUUGUCGACGCCAAGGGAAUCCGAGAGCGAGAGCCAUACUGCAGGGGUAUAAUGGCCUUGGAUUCGCCCUACACCGGCAUUGUGGACUGGAGGAUGGUGGCUCUCAGGUACGGCAAAGACUUUGAGGAGGCAGGCGGCACAGUGGUAACUGGAUCUGAGGUCAAUGACAUUUCUAUAGUCAAGGAGAGCCCAGCUGGAAGCACUGAAGGAAUGAAAUAUCCAAUCGUGGUCAGAGACAAAAAGGGUAACGAGGUGCGGUGUCGUUAUGUUUUGACCUGUGGGGGCCUGUACUCAGACCGCCUAUCACAAAUAUCUGGAUGCAGUCAGGAGCCACGGAUCGUCCCCUUCAGAGGAGAUUAUUUGGUCUUGAAACCAGAGAAACACUAUCUGGUGAAGGGAAAUAUCUACCCUGUCCCUGACCCUCGUUUUCCCUUCCUUGGCGUUCACUUCACCCCACGGAUGGAUGGAAGUGUUUGGCUCGGCCCCAACGCAGUCCUCGCCUUCAAAAGGGAGGGUUACAAAGUGUAUGACUUCAACACCAGAGACUUUGCAGAUGCAAUCUCAUUCAGAGGCCUUCAGAAGCUGAUAAUGAGGAACGUAACAUACGGGAUUGGAGAAAUGUAUAGAGGGGUUUUUAUUGGUGCACAGGUUAAAAUCCUGCAGAAGUACAUCCCUGAACUCUCGCUGAGUGACGUGCUCAGGGGUCCUGCAGGAGUUCGUGCUCAGGCUCUCGACCGAGACGGAAACCUCGUGGACGACUUUGUGUUUGACGGCGGGCUCGGGGACGUGGGCAGUAGGGUGCUCCAUGUGCGUAAUGCUCCCUCGCCGGCGGCCACCUCCUCCCUCGCCAUUGCUGAAAUGAUAGCAGACGAGGUGGAGAGUCGCUUCAAGCUGUAGAGAAAUAUGGUGAUCGCAGAAGAGACAACCAAUAUAAUCCAUUUUAGAAGAAACUAUAAUCCAGCUUGUAGAAACUACAAUGUGUAUCAAGCUGUCACUACCUCAGCAUCACUAUCAUAAUGGAGACACUUUAUCACAGGUCAUGCCUUAAUUUAGGUGGAAAGUGACAUAUCUUUGACUAAAUGACAUUUUAAAAACAUUUUUACUAAAGUGGUGCUUUUUCAGGUUGUGGAAUACGUUUACAUCACCACAUUUCUAGUGAAAAAUACAUUUUCUGAACUACAUUUCUGUAUGAAAAAGUGCAAACAUAAAAUAUUUCAUUAUUAAAUAUAGCCGCAAGCGGCAAUGAUCGCAAUCCAAGCAAGUCGCGAAAAAUGCAACAUUUGACAUUUUCAGAGGAGAAGAACAGAUGCAGACGACCUGAGAGAUUAAAGUGAUGAAAGAAUUUGGAUAUUUUGGGAUAAUUGGGGAAAUGCAAACUUUAUUUUUGCAGCAACACCUUGAGAUCAGAGAGUGUCAUUAUAUGUACCUGACUACUGGGUGAAAUGUUCAACCCACCUUUGUGUUUCAGAGUUUUAAAGUUUAAGCUGAGAAAAUUAAGAAGAAUGUGUCACUCAAUCCCAAUAAAUUAGACUCACUAUGAUCUGAACAACCUCUGUUGUCAGCAAAUCUCACUCUGUUACCAUAGGAUUUGAACCCUGGAGUUAGUGAUCACCAGAGUAGGUGACUUACUGACUGAGCUACUUGUGAGAGGAAGUUUCUUCGCACCUUCUCACAAAUUGAGGGAGUGAUGUCCUGUGCCAGAACUGGACAGUUUUGUCAGUUUAAACUUAAAACGCCUACAACAGUCAAGGUGAGAAAAUUCUGAAAAAAAUCACACAUCAUUCGGCAGGGUUUGGGGAUGUUGUCAAUAAUUUUGAUGGUAUUUGAUCCAAAUCUGAGCAAAAAAGAAAAUGUCGUGCAUACUGUGGCAAGAUACUGAAUAUUACUGCAGACUCACCGUUUGACCUAUCUAAAAACCCUUUGAAACACUUGAUAUCGGCCAUCUAGAGAAUGUCUGUGUUGAUUUUGGUAGCGUUUAAUGAAAGAGUUGUGGAGAUAUAGAUGUCAAUUGAUUUAGCAUAUUCUGAAAAACAUAGAGUGACUGACUUCUGAGUUGACCAUAGGUUGCAGCUAGACAAAUGUUUGUCACAUAUCAGUGGAUGUGCUGAAAAAAUUUCAGCUCUCUAGGACAUACGGGUGAUUUUCUUAGAUUUUUUUGAAGUUUGGAAUGAGAGUUCAGACCAAGCAUCUGAACAGAGGCAUCACGUUUGGUUACAAUAACUUAAGCCAAUUUUGAUUUACGGGUAUUUAUGUAAAAUUGGUACAUAAAGACACAAAAGUAAAAAUGUAUGGGGAAAAAAACGGAUUGAUGUAUCAAAAUUGUUUUAUUAACUUUUGAUCAGCGACGUCCAUAGAUGAUCCUGCCAAAGUUUCAGGUUGAUUGGCGAAACAGUCUGGGACAGGUUCCCAAAAAUAGGUUUUUGACAAAAGUGAAAAAAAGUCACAUAAUUUGACAUUUUUAGAGCAGUUGACCAUUGCAGCAAAGAUAAAUCCAGAGAUUAAAAUGAUAAAAAGAAGUUUGACUCAAAACAAAGGCGUUUUCGAGAUAAUAGGUGCGUUUGACUUAAUGCGGCGCUGCGCAGCGUUGACUUAACGUGAUGCAUGAAAUAAGGCAUGCUGGUUAGAAAUUGUGUCAGACUUUCGCCUGCGCUGCAAAACGUCACCAUGUCACAUGACAUUAAAACCAUUAGCUGCAGGCGCCGAGUCCGGCAAUCUCAGCUCAUAAACUGACGCAGGUAGAAUGUGUCUGACUUGACGGCGCCGUUUUUAUUCCCCGUCCCUGAAGUCACCUGCAGCUCACGUUAGACUAUCAAGUCGAAGAAAGUCAGUUGCCGUCAUAUCGAACGCACCUAACAAGAAAGUUGAUUGUAAUAGCCCCACCAUGAGGUCUAUGGAAAAAAAACAAUGUUUUAUCUCAUUUUGGAAGGAAAUGUAACGCACAGUUAUAGCUACAGAGCGCACAGAUUACGAAAAAAUUAUUAUUAUUAUAUUAUUAUUAUUAUUAUUAUUAUUAUUAUUAUUUGACGGUUUGGGGCAUUUGUCAGUUUUGCCUGCAUGGCCAAAAUUUUAAUAUUCUAGUCUGAUAUCAUUUACAUUGGUAUAAACUGAGAACACUGGAUCUUUUAUAAGUUGUUAGUGUGUGUGUGUGUGUGUGGGGGGGGGGUCAUAUAAUUCUGCUAGAGAAAAAAAAUACUUCAUUGAGUUUAAAGUUGUACUUUCUUGGAUUUUAGCAGUUUGCAGCAGCUCCAUCAAUUCCUAAGUCGAGCACUGAUUCAGUUUGUCCAUAAGGAGGCAGAAUCAUAGCAACAAACAUGCUGUAUGAGCCCCAGUGUAAGCACAAAAUAUGUCUACAUUUGAUGCUAUUGCUAAAACCAGUUGUUCUUUAUGUUUACUGGGAAUGCUUGUAUAAUGACAUGGAAAUAAAGUGUUUUUUCUGUCUUU